UGAGUUCAUUAAUUCGUUCAUGUACAAUUACUGGUUUCCUAUAGUUUACAUGUGAUUCACUCUGUUGAUCUACUUAUGUAUGUUCUGUAUAUAAGUAGCUGAUAAGGUAGCAGGGAUUUUUGAUAAAAACAAACUUUGUUUUCUUGGAAGUGAAUUUAGGACAGAAAGAACAAAUAAGUAACAAUGGUUUCUUUGACGGAGAAGGUGGUCCUGAAACGUUACAUGACCCUCCCUCAGCCCGAGGACAGGGUGAUGUGUGAGUACAUCUGGAUAGACGGCACGGGGGAGGGGAUCCGCUCCAAGUGUAAGACUAUGGACUUCGAACCAAAACACGCCAAAGAGUGCCCGGUUUGGAAUUACGAUGGUUCCAGUACGUUUCAGGCCGAGGGCUCCAAUUCGGACAUGUACCUCCACCCCGUGGCGCUGUACAAUGAUCCCUUCCGACUUGGCAAAAACAAACUAGUGUUGUGUGAGGUGUACAAAUACAACAACAAACCAGCGGAAAGCAACAACCGUAAAUCUUGUAAUGAGGUUUGUGAAAAGGUCAAAGAGGAUCAGCCUUGGUUCGGGAUAGAGCAGGAAUAUACACUUCUGGACAUCGACAAGUAUCCGUUCGGAUGGCCGAAAAACGGAUUUCCCGGGCCACAGGGACCAUAUUACUGCGGUGUUGGAUCAAACAAAGUCUUUGGGAGGGACAUUGUAGAAGCACACUACAGAGCUUGCCUGUACGCAGGCAUCAAAAUAGCCGGCUGUAACGCAGAGGUCAUGCCAGGACAGUGGGAGUUUCAAGUGGGGCCCUGUGAGGGUAUUUCUGUGGGAGACGAACUCUGGGUGGCCAGGUAUAUUUUAAACAGAGUGGCGGAAGAUUUCAAUGUUCUCGUCACAUUCGAUCCCAAACCUAUGCCAGGAGACUGGAACGGCGCAGGCGCACACACUAACUACAGUACUCUGAAAAUGAGAGAAGACGGAGGAAUCAAACACAUUGAGGAAGCGAUCGACAAACUGUCCAAGUGUCACGACAAACACAUCAGGGCAUACGACCCGAAAGCCGGAGAGGACAACAAACGACGACUUACCGGACUUCACGAGACUUCAACGAUAAGUGACUUUUCUGCUGGUGUAGCCAACAGAGGCGCCAGCAUCCGAAUUCCCCGCCAGGUGGCGCAGGACGGUAACGGAUAUUUGGAGGACCGCCGACCCUCUUCGAACUGUGACCCCUAUUCUGUUGUUGAGGUGCUCCUAAGGACUACGUGCUUAGGGGAACUAUAACCCUGCCUGGUUUUAUCUGUUUUCUUUUCUAGCAAAGUACGGGUCUUA